UUUUUCUGUUUCGCUUAGCAUGACGUGACAUUAUGAUAACUAUUGAUUGCAUCAGCACAAGUAAAUUUAUGAUAUAUUUUACAACCUGACAGAUACCGGUAAUGGUAUUAAAUGAUGAUAUUUUUUUAAAGCAUUUUACUUCAAACAUUUUAAAUUUUGAGUUUUUUAAAACUCUUUAAAAGGCUCGAUAAAGUUCUAAAAAUGUCAGUAGUUUUGUAUAAUACUGAAAGUAGUAAAGCAGACGAAGCGUUUGUUGGGAAAAUUACGAAAGAAUUAACGUUAAAUUUUUGUGGUUGAUCUCUAACUAAAUAAGUUAAGCCUUAUUGAAAAUGUCUGAAAAGGGCAAGAAAUCUGGUAAAAAAUCUGGUUCUCACAAAGGAUUUAACAGAGAUGUUGGAGAUGUGACUUUGGCAGAUUAUGCGAAUUCAAGUGUUCUACCUGGAAGAGGAAGGCUUAGAAAAUCCAAAGCAUCCUUAAGUGUGGUCUGUGAAGUCAAGCAAUUAAACAUACAAGACAAGGCUUGGGACGAAAAACUGGAUGAGUUUGAAGGUGAUUUUGAUUUUGUCAAAGAAGAAAAUGAAGAUGGUGAAGAAGUUUUUGUAAUGAAGAAGGCAUCAUGUCGCCGCAAGAAGACAUUGAGUGAGAGUAUUGCUGGAUGCAGCGCAGACGGAAACACAUAUCCACUGGAUAUCUGGCACAUUCUGUCCAAGUAUAUCCGACCCGAGGAUAUCGCCACAUUCUCCGCCAUCUGCAGGAACUCUUGGUCUGUUGUCCAAACCCCCACAUUCUGGCUCAGUCUUUAUAAAAGAUACUACAAGAAUGUACCGAACUUGCCAUCAAGACUACAGCCAGCCUGUAUGGUGCGCCACCACGGACUGAAGGCUUGCGUUAUCCGCUCACUGUUCUACAUGUAUCCACCUCUGGCCGCUCGCAUAGACCGAGCGUCCAUGAGUGCCCCCUACCAUCUCAAGUCUCGCCAAUGCAUUUCCAUGUGGCAAGAGCGAGUAUCACAACCCAACAAGUGGAAGUUGAGCUUCAAGUUGCGUCGUAAGGAUUUCCAGCCUUGCCAAAGUAAGGGAGGAAAGCCAAAUCUAAUGGAAAUCUUGGGUGAUAUAUUUGCCAAUGCUGACGAAGGUUGUACACUUUUACAGGUUGUGAGUGCUGAGAGGAUGGUACUGCCAGUAGUUAUGGGCUUGACGGUACACAAUAUCAACAUGAGCCUGGACAUGAACAUGGGCACAUGUACAAGUAGGCUAACUGUACUGUGACUUGUCUGCAGGUUGUGAGUGCUGAGAGGAUGGUACUGCCAGUAGUUAUGGGCUUGACGGUACACAAUAUCAA